AUGAAAAAUGCAAGAAAUAUAGAGAUAAUUAUGCGUCAAGAUAGUGCGAUGCGUUCUUUUACGGAAUCCGUGGACGCUGAUUUGCCUCCAGCGCCGGUUCUACCUCCAUCUCUUGAUAUCGACUAUCAAUAUCCUAAUGAAAGUGUUCAAAAAAGCGAUACAAUGGACACAAUAAUUGAAAGAAAAACAACUCAACCAGACAAAACCUUGGGAGAAACACAAAAAUAUCCUAUGGUAGUCCCUGGCCCUGGACAUGUUGAUGCUGAGCAAGAAUUGCAUAGAAGCCUUCUGAAUCGUGAAGCAAGCUCCGAAAGUGAUUUUGGAACGAAUGAUUCAAAUCAGAAUAACGAACAGGAUAAUCGAGAUAAGAAAAAGAAACUUGACGAUGAUUUUCGGGAAUAUCGGAGAGAAUAUUCCGUUUCAUCAGUACAACGACCGAGACCAACAACACCAACUUCAUGGUGUGCUAUAGAAAGCUAUGUGGAAAGUUUUGCAAAUCACUCUCCUAAAAAAUUGCAGCAAGUACCAGAAGCUUCAGCAAAAAUGCGUCUUCACGGCAUAGAAGGAUUUCCGUGCCUUGGUCUGAUUUUUACGAGAGUAUGGCUGCGCAAAUGCCCAUGCAAUUAUUCUUCUUCCGGAAAGGUAAACCAAAUGAAUGACUAUGAUGGAGAUAUUUUGGAUGAUGACCCUCUCUAUAAAUCAAUAGUUCCGCCUGUCCCAGUGGUUCAUCGUCGUUCCUCUAUGGAUUGGGAAAAUUUUGAAGAAAAUCGUUCUCAAAGCGAACCACUAUAA